AUGGAUAAUGUACCAUGUUGUUAUUGUACCUAUGAAGUGCCUUUCCGAGGAGUUUCUUCAGAAAAUCCGACGGGUCACUUGCUAACUGCUGUUAGAAAUUCGGGGGAGAAGCAAUUGUUUGGAAAGCCUUUGGAUAAAAUUUUUCGUUUUGGGUGUUUUGAAGUUGCACACAACAAAUUAACAUUAUAUGGAAUUUUGGGUUUAUCAAAUUGGGAAGUCUUAUUUGUACCAUGUAUUAAUCUUGGACAAAUUAAUAAGGAGGAAAUUAAUGCUACUCGUCAAUUAUUAUCUCAAACACUUCAUCGUACAGAACCAUAUUUUUAUCAUUCAUGGAUUUCUAAUCGUCCUGGUUGUAUUGGUUUAGGUAAAAUUGAUUAUCUAAUUAUACAAGAUCGACAUGAUCAUUUAUAUAAAUUUGAUCCAAUCAAUAAUAUAUGGUUACAUUCAAUAAAUGCUUGUGGUAUAAAAUUAAAAAAAUUUAAAAAAUAUUGGUUAAAUACUACUACUACUACUAAUAGUAAUAAUAAUACUACUAACAAUACUACUACUAAUACUACUAAUAGUAAUAAAUUACCUCAUACACCAACACGUUUAUUAAUAUUAACAACAGAUUUUGAAGUGUAUAGUUUUCAAUUAUGUUAUAAUCAAUUAAAAUUAUCAACUAUAUCUAUAGUAACAACAAAAGAAUUCAAUAAAUUACGUAAAAAAAAUAUAAAAAAUAAUAUCAAUUUAUUUAUUCAUUUAUUAACUAAAAGAAUAUCCUAUAUACGUAAAUCUACUGGAUAUUUAUUAGCUAAUGAAUAUGCCCUACAUCAUAAUAAUCAUAAUCAUAAUAAUGAUUUGGAAACAUUAUUAACUAUUCAACAAAAUACAAAUUAUCAUAAUAUACAUAAAAGAUCUAAUGUAAAUAUCUAUGAAAGUAAUUGGAAUGAUCAAAAACAUGAUUUUUCAGUCAACUUUACUCCAAUUAAUUCACUAACAAGAUUAAAAACAACUUGGUAUCAUCGUUUGAAAGGAAAUUAUACGAUAAUUGAUAAUACAGAUUUUGCUUAUUGUCGUACAUUACCAUUGGAAAUACCAACACUUGCAUUUAAAAUGUCUGUAAUUAUAUUUCGCGAUUACUUUGAAGGACACCGAUUUCCAAUUUUAUCAUUUUAUUAUUCAAAUUCAUUAAUUCAUAAUAAAAAUUCCUCUUUAUAUAAAUAUUAUCCACCUUAUUCAUUGGCUACUCCUCCUCCUCCUCCUCCUCCUCCUACUACUACUACUACUACUACUACUACUAGUUCCCCGGUUUCAGUACCAUUAGUACAUCAGUUUGGUGUAUGGAUAUUAAGAUCUGGUAAUUUAUUAACAAAUAUCAAUAUUCAUCAACUUAUUGAUUGUAAUUAUCAUUUAUCAUCAUCAAAUCAACAAAAAUUAUUUAUAAAACAUAUUAAAUUAUCAUUUAGUGAUCAUAUAAAUGAAUUAUUGAAAGAUCGAAAUAUAACAAAAUCAAUAGAAUCAAUUUAUCAAGAAUUUUAUAUUCCUUUAUCUGAAAAUUAUUCUAAAAAUAUGUAUACUACUUAUAAUGAUACAUCAAUGACAACAUCAGAUCAUCUAUGUAAUAAUAAUAAUAAUAAUAAUAAUAAUAAUAAUAAUAAUAAUAAUAAUAAUGAUCAUGUUGAUAUUGCAAAUUCUCCAGAACAGAAUCAUUUUAUUCCAUCUUCAUUUACAACAGAAUUAUAUGAAAUAAAUCAACAUUAUGAUAAUUGGUUCAUACCUAAACAUAAUCAUAUCAAACAAUCUUGGUUACAAUUAAAAAAUCUUAUACAAUUACCACAAAUUCAUACACCAAAUGUAGAGAUUUUCAAUGAGUUUACAAAUACUACUGAUAAUAAUGAUAAUAAUAAUAGUAAUAAUAGUAUGAAUGAUACUACUGAUUAUGAUUCUUCAAUAGUUGGUGAUUAUCAUUCAUUGAUUAAUGUCGGAACUACUAUUACUACUACUACUACUACUACCAAUAAUAAUCAUAAUAAUAGUAGUAAUGAUAAUCUACUUUUUAUGAAUUGGGAUACAUUAUCUACCGAUUCAUUAAGUAGUGAACGUGAAAAAAAAUAUUCUCAUAUUUCAUUAAGAUCAAAAUCAAAACAAAUGGAUCAUUUAAUAAUUGAUAAACGUUUAUCUACAAAAUCUGAUUGGCAUAAAUUCAGUUUUUCUAACUUAUUUAAAAUUAAUGAUGAUGCUAAUAAUAAUAAUAAUAAUAAUAAUAAUAAUAAUAAUAAUAAUAAUAAUAAUAAUAAUAAUAAUAAUAAUAGACAUAACAAUGUCAUUAAGAAUAAUAAUAAUAAUAAUAAUAAUAAUAAUAAUAGUAAUAGUAAUACAAACAACAAUAAAAGUAGCAGUACUAAUAAUCUUCGUAAUAGUAUAGGUCAAUCACUUGGUAGAAGUUAUUCAUAUUUUUAUUUAUUAAAUAAAAAGAAAUUAGAUCAUUAUGCAUUUCAAUGUAGUCCACAUCGAUCUGAUUGGUAUGAUUAUUUAUUAUCAACAAAUUGGUUAGAUUUAUUAUUGUUUACAUUAAAACAAGCAACACAAUUAAGUCAAUUAAUAUAUCAAUAUUCAAUUAAACCAGUAAAUGGUUAUGAUGGAACAAUUAUUUUAUUAAGUGGACCAGAUAGUGGUCGAAAUUGGCAACCAAUUUUAAUGAGUCUUGUACAGAUAAUGUUAUCUGCUGAGAACAGAACAAUUCUUGGAUUUGAAGAUUUAAUUGAACAAGAAUGGAUUCGUUAUGGUUAUCCAUUUGUCCCUGAUCCAACUGAUUGGCAUGAUGAUUCAGUUAGUUGUGAUUAUGAUGAUGGUGCAUGUUUCGCAUUAUUCAUUGAUUGUGUUCAUCAAUUAUUGGUCCAAUUUCCUACAGAAUUUGCAUUUACAGAGGAUUAUCUUGUCUUAUUAUUAGACAGUGCAUUAAGUCGAGGUGGUGGAACUCCACCAUUCACUAUAGAAUUUUCAUGUUCAUGUGAAGCAGCAAGACAUGUUAAAACAAAAUCAAUGACACAAGAACAAAUUUAUGAAAAAUCUAAUUAUUUUCAUGAUAUUAGAGCAUGGCGUUCAUUUCAUAAUUGGAAUGAUAUAUUAACUGAUUAUGGAUAUCAAUUAUUAUUUAAUUGGUUAUAUUUUUGGCAAUAUAAUUCAGAUCCUGUAAAUAAUAAAUUAGAUUAUACUAAACUUAUACAAACUGUAAACAAAUCUACCCAAAUACUUAUACCAAUUUUAUCACCAUUCUAUUAUCCACGUUUUUGGAUUCAUGCAUGGUAUCGUUGGAAUCGUUCAACACGUUUAACUAAUGGUGGUGGUUAUGCAUUCAAUGCUGCUUAUUAUAGAAAUUUGUUAGGAUCAAUUAUUAUAAAUAAUAAUCAUCAACACCAAUUAAUUAGACCACGUACAAGUACUAGUCCUUAUACUGGUUGGUUAUCAGAUGAAUCUAUUAUAAAUGCAUUAAAUCAAAUGGUUUAUUCAAUAUCAUAUGAUAAAUUUUAUAAAACUUUAUAUGAAAUAGCUCAUUUAUGGGAUAAUGUAUUUCAUGAUAUAUCAUCAUCAUCAUGA